AUGAAGGCGAAGCCUUUGAAGAUCGGGAUUCUGUCUGGGGCAGUGGUACUCCUGGCUCUCAUCGUUUUCCUUGGAGUUUACUUUGGGCUGCGCUCUGAGGCACAAGAGCAUGUCUACAAGCACGCGGCUGUGGCCACAGAUGCUAGCGAGUGCUCUACGAUUGGGAAGAAAAUCCUUCAAAACGGAUCUGCUGUGGACGCUGCAAUUGCCGCUCUUCUCUGUGUAGGCUUGAUGAAUCCCCACAGCAUGGGCAUCGGAGGGGGCGUUGUCUUUACCAUCUAUACUGCUGAUGACCUUUGCCUUUUGACAGGGAAAGUGGAAGUAAUAAACGCUAGAGAGGUGGCACCAAACAACACGUCUUGGGAUAUGUUCGUCAAGAACACAAACCUUUCCAAGGAAGGAGGAUUGUCCAUUGCAGUUCCAGGAGAAAUCCGUGGCUAUGAAAUGGCACACAAGCGUCAUGGUAAGCGGCCCUGGAAGGAGCUGUUUCUGCCCAGUAUCGAAUUGGCAAGACGAGGCUUCCGUGUUGGGAAAGCACUGGCCAAAGCCCUUGCAGAUAAAAGCGAGUUGAUUGAAAAAACCGGACCCUUGUGCGAGGUCUUCUGCAAAAAAGGGAAAGUCCUGAAGGAGAAUGACAUCCUCAAGCUGCCCAAACUAGCCAACACCUAUGAGACCUUAGCCAACGAGGGACCAGAUGCUUUUUACACGGGGAACUUAUCACAGCAAAUUGUUAAAGAUGUCAGGAACGCAGGAGGAAUCAUGACCACAGAAGACCUGAGGGACUACAAACCACUUCUGGAUGAAAAUCCUUUAAACAUAACCAUUGGCGAGUUCAGCAUGUACGCACCCAGUGCCCCAAUGAGUGGUCCUGUGCUAGUGCUCAUUCUCAACAUCCUGAAAGGAUUCAAUUUCUCCAGGAACAGCAUCACAACGUGGGACGGAAAGGGCUUGACUUACCAUCGCAUCGUGGAGGCCUUCCGCUUUGCCUAUGCGAAGAGGACUUUACUGGGAGACCCAGACUUCAUCAACAUCAGUGGGGUGAUCAGAAACAUGACAUCAGUGUCCUUUGCAGAUAGCCUGCGGGCCAAAAUCUCUGACACCACCACCCAUGAGCUUGAGUACUAUGAGCCUGAGUACUACACUCCGGAUGAUGCUGGUACAUCUCACCUCUCUGUUGUGGCUGAGGAUGGCAGCGCCGUGUCCGCCACCAGCACCAUCAACCAAUACUUUGGCUCCGGUGUUUGUUCGCUUGUGAGUGGGAUUAUAUUCAAUAAUGAGAUGGAUGACUUCAGCUCCCCAAACAUCACCAAUGGCUUUGGGGUUCACCCUUCUGUUGCAAACUUCAUUGCCCCAGGGAAACGGCCUUUUUCCUCCAUGUGUCCGUCGAUCUUGGUGGAUAAGAGCAACAAGGUCAGGAUGGUGGUUGGCGCUUCUGGAGGGACAAAAAUCACCACAGCAACAGCACUGACAAUCAUCAAUUCCCUUUGGUUUGGCUAUGAUGUUCAGGCUUCUGUGGAGGAGCCCAGAGUCCAUAAUCAGUUGAUACCCAAUGAGACUGUCUUGGAGCAGACGGCAACAAAGCAUGUGACAAAAAUGGUCGAAUCCUGGCACUUUCACUCAAGGCUGCGGAGCGAUUCGACGGCUGUUGUGCAGGCCAUCCUCUGGACUGAACGCGGUUGGGCUGCAGCAUCCGAUUCACGGAAGGGUGGCUCCCCGGAUGGAUAUUGA